AUGAGGGACCGGUGCAAAGAGGAUCAGGCAGCGGACAAAAGUGGAGACCUUAGGACCUCUGGAGGUCAGGUGAUAUCGGCUAGAAAUAAUCCAGAUCCUUGGGAGAGGUUGGACUUCUACUUCUUCUACUCUGGAGUGACCCGCGGGGAGAGGCGGCGGACUGGGGUGGAUUUGCUUGUUGCCCCCAACUCAGUUGUCUUGUCGUCAGUCGAUGCAAGGCAAAGUGAAGCAUCGGCACAUUUUGCAUCACCACCUUCAGGAGAAAAAAAAAUUGACCUCAUAGCACAAGCCUGGCUUCUGCUACUGCUGCUUUCAGCCAUCUGUAAUGCUUACCCUGUAGAUAAGUAUGGUGCAGAUGAUGUAUUAGAAAACCCUGAGAAGGAGGACAUCACAACAACUAUCCUCAGAAUGAACAAUGGAUCUACAGACAUGCUGCUAGAAGGAGACAUCCUUGUUCCAAAAACCAGGACUGCCAUGAAGUGCCUUAAUAAGCAAUAUAGCUGUUUCUGGCCAAAGAUUUCAAACGGGAAAGUGGGAGUCCCUUUUGUUAUAAGUAACACUGUGGAUGACACCGAGAAGAGUAAGAUUCUCCUUGCCAGGAAGGGCUUUGAGGGUAAUACUUGCAUCCGCUUCGUUCCUUACAGAGCAGAGAAGGCGUACCUCAGUAUUGAGCCAAAGUAUGGCUGUUUCUCUUUGAUGGGUCGUGUUGGAGACAAGCAGUUGGUGCCUCUUCAGAGGUCUGGUUGUAUGAAUAAUGGCAUCAUCCAACAUGAGCUGCUCCACGCUCUGGGUUUCUACCACGAACACACUUGCAACGACCUUGACCAAUAUGUCAGAAUCAACUGGGAAAACGUCCAAGAUUAUUUUUUGCACAACUUCAAAAAGAUGGACACAGAUAAUUUCAGCCCAUAUGACUACUCAUCUGUGAUGCAAUAUGGAAAAACUGCCUUUGGAAAGAAAGGGGCAGAAACCAUCACUCCUAUUCCUGACUCCAACGUUCCCACUGGCCAAAAGCACAGCAUGUCUGACACUGACAUUCUCCGGGUCAACAAGCUCUACAAAUGCUGA